AUGUUCCACUCCUUCAACAGCCGCGGUUCAGCCGCCUCGGCAAUGGGGCCGUCGUCGACCCCAUCACGCAAGGUGAACCGCUCGUGUCAGGAAUGUACACGAAGAAAGGUCAAAUGCGACGGCGGUCAUCCGUGUGCUAGUUGCCAAUACUACAAGGUCGCGGACACGUGCGAGUACAGGCAGCGGAGUAAGCGACAUGCCGUGAGCAGGAGCACCCUUGAGAAGGCCUCAGAACAGCUGCAAGCCCAGUCACGCAUACUCUACGAGCUCUUUCCCGAUGUACCCACCGAGGACCUCAUCGGCAAGACGAGAGCUCAGCUCCUCGCCCUCGUCCCCCGAGACUCACUCAACAGCCUCCCACACACAAAUACGCAACAUGAUCCUUCACCACCCGACAUCUCCGCCGCGGACGAUGACGACGACGACAACGAUCCCAACGACUCGACUCAGAUCUCCGAGAACGGCGAGCCCGCGAACGACAGGCGAUGGGAUGAAUCGGCGGCAGCUCAUCAGCCCGCCGCAAUCAUCCGCGCCAGCGACGACAUCAAUGCCAUCUCCCUCGCAACAGACCAGCAUCGCCGUUCCUACCUCGGCGUCACGUCCAUGAGCGCCGUUCUACGAGCCAUCUUCCGCCUCUGCCCCGCUGCAAAAGAACACACGGCCCAGCGCGCAAAGUCGUGGGCUGAGCCAUCGUCUCUACCUCAGUACCAACAACCCUUACCGCCUCUAUCCAUCCUCGGCGCUCCCAGCCCGGGUAUGAAUCCCCUCCGCGAGCAACGCUGCAUCGAGUUCUACUUCGAGCACGUACAUCCCAUCACCCCUAUCCUCAACGAAGACGACUUCCGUCAGACCUACACAUCGGGAACCCGCCACGACGAUUCCUGGCUCGGGCUCCUGAACAUGGUCUUCACUCUGGGAUCCGUCGCCUCGGGAAGCGACACCCUCCACAUCCAGUACUACAAGCAAGCCCGCGCGCACCUCGGCCUGGACUCCCUGGGCUCGGGCAACAUGGAAAGCCUACAAGCUCUGUGUCUGCUUGGCGGCUACUACCUCCACUACCGCAACUCCCCGAACAUGGCCUACGCGGUCCUCGGCGCCGCUCACCGCAUGGCCAUCGCCCUCGGCCUCCAUCGCGAGCCCGUCCGUAGCCACCGGGCCGCCGCGGCGGAGCACGCGUCCGAACAGCAGCAGCAGCAUCACAGCAUCCGCACCGAGACCCGCCGCCGGACGUGGUGGAGCCUGUUUUGCCUCGACACCUGGGCCAGCAUGACCCUCGGCAGACCGACCUGCGGCCGCUGGGACAGUAGCACCAUGGAUACCCUCCUCCCAACGCCAUUGUUCUCGGAAGAUUACGUUGCGGAGUCUUUGAGGGCUAGUUGCCGUUUCUGCCAAAUUUGCGACAGAAUACAGCACCGCUUCGCCCAGCCUGCGCGCCUCUCUGCCCAUGAGGCCAUGUCUUUCGACCGUGAUUUGAGAGAUUGGCACACCGCGCUGCCGGAGUUCCUCAAGAACCCGGCAAACUCGCCUCCGAGGUUGACGGUAGCCCGGGAGUUCAUGAGGAAUCGCUACCUCAACGUGAGACUAAUCCUCUCCCGUUGUUUCCUGUUAUAUCUAGCCCACGACCACAGCUUCAAACGCAGCAGCGGCAAUACCGGCGUUGCAUCUUCCGAUUCCCCAGCUGCCUCGUCUGACGAGAUCUCGCUCGUAGAAACCUGUCGCUCCGUGGCAUCGGAAGCCAUAGACGCAAUCACGCUCUACUGGACACCCAACCGUGUCCACGUCUGGAACUCGGCAUGGUACCUCUUCCAAGCGUGCAUGGUUCCCCUCCUCUCCGUCGCGAUCGAAACCCACCGCACGACCGCGGCCCGAAAGCACCAACACCACCAGCAAAACACCUCGCAAAGACGUACUUCAGCCACGUCGACCGCGGUUCCGAUAACGUCAAUCACGACCCCCAUGGCGAGCUCCCCGGAAACCCCUCCCGCGACGGUCCAGUCCUGGUGCGCGAGCUUGACCAAGGCUCUCGAGCUCUUCGCCGAGAUGCGCCCCUGGAUGCGCGCCUCCGACAGGGCCCCGGACAUCGUGGCCGCGCUGUACGAGGCCGUGACCGCCGAGGUCGAGGGCGGGUCGAACGCGGGGUCGACUAUCCGGACGCCGUCUGCGACCACGGACGGCGGGAUGGACUUGUUCGGGUGGUGCGACGAGCAGUUGACAGAGUUGGAUUGGAGUACGUUCCUCGGGGGUGGAAGUGGCGGUGGUUUGUCGGGGGGGGAUGAUCAUUUAAUGUUCUGA